AUGCCACCAUCCAGAGCGAUGGCAAUGAAACGACUGUAUUAUGUAGAGAAAAAGAUGGUUUUAGAUAGUCAAUAUGCCGAAGCAUAUUGUCGUAAGAUGGAAGAAUAUAUUUCAAAGAAAUAUCUUGUUCCGGUGACCAAUGAGGACCAACGUCUAGAGACGGGGCAGACCUGGUAUCUGCCCCAUUUUGGUGUAACAAACCCGAGUAAGCCUGGAAAACUAAGAAUUGUAAUGGAUGCUGCGGCGAAAUCAGAAGGGGUUUCACUGAACACUGAAUUAUUGAAGGGUCCCGAUCAAUUGACGUCCUUAACUGAAGUGUUGCUCAAAUUUCGUCGAGGAAAUUAUGCUUUCACGGGGGACAUUGAACAAAUGUUCCAUCAAGUUUUGGUUAGGGAAUUAGAUCAAAAUUACCAGCGUGUAUUAUGGAGAGGUAGAGAUAAUCGGGCGCCUAUUCAGGAAUACAAGAUGCGCGUUCUUAUAUUUGGAGCUUCGUGCAGUCCGGCAUUGGCUGCAUAUGUUAAAAAUAAGAACGCUGAAGAGUUCCGAUCUGACUUUCCUGAAGCAUAUGAAGCUAUCACUGAGCGGCAUUACGUAGAUGAUUGGCUUGAGUCUUGUGACGACACAGAUCAAGCCAAGAAACUUAUUGAACAAGUGAUUAAGAUUCAUUCCAAAGGGGGUUUCGUAAUUCGUAAUUUCAUUGCGUCGGAUCAGACUAUUUUGUCAGAUGUGCCCAAAGAUCUUUGCUCCUCAUCACCAACACUCGACUUAAACUCUGACGAACAGUUUGAAAAGGUGUUGGGAAUAUGGUGGGAUCCUAAAGAAGACGUGUUAACUUUCCGUACAACUUUUUCAAGAAUCCCUGGUACAUUGAUGUCAGGAGAUAAAAUACCGACUCGAAGAGAAAUUUUGCAAAUUGUAAUGAGUAUUUACGAUCCAUUCGGAAUGCUGGUUCACUUAACUGUAGGGGGCAAGAUGAUAAUGCAGAAAGUAUGUAAUAAAGGGGUUGAUUGGUCAGAAGAAAUUGAUGAGAUCACUCAUAAAGAGUGGAAAAAAUGGGUAGUAGGUCUAUCCAUGAUCUAUCAGGUCCGGGUUCCUCGUUGCUUUGCAACAAAAGAUGUUAGGGAGCAACAAGUCCAGUUACAUAUUUUCUGUGAUGCCAGCUCAUCAGCCUUUGCUGCAGUGGCUUACUUGCGUUUCGGUGAUGACCAAAUUCAUGUCACAUUUGUCAUGGGUAAAAGUAGAUUAGCACCACCAUCAAAGACUCUCACAAUCCCACGUCUGGAAUUGCAGGCUGCCGUUUUGGGAAGCCGUUUAGCUUGCACAGUGAGACAACAAGUCGGAAUAAAGAUUAACAAAACUUAUUUGUGGAGUGAUUCACGUACUGUACUAUCUUGGAUCCAAACUGAUCCCAAAAAGUUCCAAGAUUUUGUAGGUCACAGGGUUUCCGAAAUAAAUAAUUUGACCCAAGAGGAUGAGUGGAAGUGGGUACCUACCAAGCUUAAUGUUGCUGAUGAAGCAACUCGCUUUGAUUUACCCACAGACUUAACACCUGUGUCACGAUGGUUUAAAGGGCCUGAUUUUUUGUCGCACAAAGAGGCCUCAUGGCCUACAAUAGAAUCAAGUUCAAUCGUCCCAAUUGCUGUCGUUCAAGCAGAAGAAGUAGUUAUAGACGAAAAACCAGAGAAUAACCGAUUGAUAGAUUUCAAUUCAUUCUCCAGUUUUUGGCGCAUGAUUCGAUCAAUGGCUUACGUCCUACGUUUCGCAAAUCGUGUACGCAAGAUUCAAACGAGGACAAACUUCCUAACAGUAAAUGAACUCAAUCAAGCAAGAAACUUGCUGAUAAGCCAGUCACAAGCCGAGUCCUUUUCUUCGGAAAUAGAAAUUUUGAAGAAAGGAAAACCUCUUACAAGAGGGGGACGAUUAUCUCGCUUGACUCCAGAAAUUGAUAGCAAUGGUUUGAUAAGGAUGAAAGGAAGACUAGAGAAGUUGGCUCUCAGGGAAUUGCCGAAUUAUAAUAAUCCUCUUAUACUUUGUGGGAAAAAUAAAUUUACCAAACUUUUUCUGGAGGAAGAACAUAAGAGACUAGGACAUGUAGGAUCACGUUAUAUCCUAGCCGAAAUGAGGCCACUUUAUCAUGUUAUUGGGGGACGUCGCACUCUCAAAUGGAUAGAAGCCCAUUGUGUAUUCUGUCAGAAACGGCGUGCUAAGACUAUCCAACCUAUGAUGGGGCAAUUGCCGCUUGCUCGUUUGGAUGUGUAUCAACAUCCAUUCACAAAUACGGGCCUUGAUUUUUUUGGACCGAUUGAUACCAAAUUAAACCGUAGCCGAGUAAAGCGAUAUGGAGCUAUAUUCACAUGUUUGACUACCCGCGCGGUUCAUUUGGAGGUUUGCGAAUCACUCACGACUGAUUCUUGUAUCAUGGCAAUACAUAGAUUCGUUUCAAGGCGUGGAAGCCCCGUUCAAAUUAUUUCGGAUAACGGAACUAAUUUUAAAGGGGCUAAGCGGGAAUUAAAGGAAGCGCUUAAAGAAAUCGAUCAAGAUCGUAUUGGUGUGGAUUUAUCUAAGAGAAAUAUCGAAUGGGAAUAUAAUCCACCAUCCGCGCCGCAUAUGGGUGGAGCUUGGGAACGAUUAAUUCGUUCCGUAAAACGUUCCUUGGAAGCUACUCUUAAGGCCUCCGUUCCUACACCCGAAAUAUUGGUCACUGCAUUUGCGGAAGUGGAAAGUAUUCUUAAUGGGCGUCCAUUAAUGGAACUUACUGAUAAUGAUGAAUUACUUACGCCCAACCAUUUCCUCUUAUUGCGCCAAGCCACCUAUCAGGCUCCGGGAAAAUUUUCAGAUGACGACCUCGUGUUGAGAAAACAGUGGCGCGCUUCCCAGCGGUUGGCAGAUAUUUUUUGGACCCACUGGGUUAAUGAUUACCUUCCGGUGUUGGCCCUUCGACCAAAAUGGUGGUCAAAUGAUCGUCAGAUUCAAGUCAAUGAUCUCGUUGUGAUUAUUGAUAACAAACAUGAUCGGAAUUCUUGGCGUAGGGGAAAAAUCGUAAAAAUCUAUCCUGGAUCGGACGGAGUAGUACGCGUAGUUGACGUGAGUACUGCAACGGGUCAAUAUAGGCGCCCGGUUAACAAAUUAUGUCUGCUUAGACUUCCAGACAAUUAA